ACAUUCGCCGAUGUCCGGUCUCCCGACUCCGGCUUCCCCUUUUCCGACAACACUGAGUCAGUCGGCCGACCAUAUGAUUAGAUGAUUAGCCGGAGGCGCGUAAUGGAAGCUCUAAGUGCACGCGGCUCUACCAUAUGAGAGGCUGUCGGAUCGAAGUACUUUUUGAUUAAUUAAUUGGCUGCACACAGCAAAUGGCCCAUAAAUCUUGGCCCAAACGGAGGCGACCUCUUGGUCAAGGAGUCGCCACUUGGCCAGCUAUCAUAUAAAUGGCAGCGGCACAUGUCUAACGGUAAUUAGUUGCCCACUCAAGAGACCAUCAUGCGCAUCACGGUAGCCUGCCUCCUCAUCACCUGGAGCUGCAUCCAGCUGUCCGGCAGUCGAGCCGCCACCAUCCUGCACGGCAGUGCCAUCUCCCACCAGAGCUUCAUCCGGCUGUCGACCUCCUCAGAGCCGCUAAUCCUACAGCAGCCUAAUCCCCAGCAGUUGGUGCGGAUUGUGGUUCCCCAGAGGGUGCAGGAGCAGCCACUGGAGAGGUUCCGUUUUGAGACGUACGAGGAGGAGGAGCAGCACCAGGCCCCCAAGCAGACACCGGCCCACCUCACCUAUGCCGCGCCUCCGGUGGUGCACCAGAUGCUGCCACGGAUUAAGCCAGUGCGGAAUAUAAGCUUCGCCUCUCUGCUGCCAGGACCUCGUAGUCUGGCCACGAAUCACAACCUCUCGCCGGUCUAAAAAGGCUAAGAGGUGUUUUGGAAAAACAG